AUGCCGCCAAAGCCAACCACCAUCCCACGACUAACCCGUUCCUCCGCCCGUGCAGCGUCUGGAGUCUCCACACCCUCUACUUCUACCUCCACCGCCGCCCCUAUCGCAGCUGCGGAAGCUGUCGAGGAAACAACAGCUCCACCCCCCAAGAAGCGCAGAACGACCAAGAAGGCUCCCGCCCCUCCUCCUCCUCGCGAUCCUUCGGCGCCACGUCCCACCCCACCGCCCUUCCAUCUUCCAGAUGCAAUCGCCCACCUCACCACCGUCGAUAGGCGCUUCACACCUCUCUUCGAACGCAUUCCCUGCCGGCCCUUUGUCGAGGCCGCCGCCUUACAGCCCGCUGCCGGUGCGGCUGUCACUGUAGCUGCUGAUACUGCAGGAGGAGUAGACCAUGGUCCAAAGGAACUUGUCCAAACCACCCUCGACCCAUUCCGUACCCUCGUCACAAGCAUUAUUGGGCAACAAGUGUCCUGGAAGGCCGCAAAGACUAUUACCAAGAGAUUCGUGGAAAUGUUCUGCGGACCGGUAGACGAGGUCGAGAACCAUAAGAACGAGGGACCGUUUCCAACCGCCGAACAGGUCGCAAAGGCAGAAGUCCUCACCCUCAAAAUCACGGGGUGUAGCAUGCGCAAGGCUGAAUACAUCAUCGGCCUCGCGCAGGACUUUGUGGCCGGCCGCCUGACCGACGACCUCCUCAUCAAUGGUACCGAUACCGAAGUGGCUGAGGCUCUCAUCGCAGUACGUGGAAUCGGACGCUGGACGGUCGAUAUGUUCCUCAUCUUCACUCUGCGGCGGCCUGAUAUCCUUCCUGUUGGCGACCUGGGCGUCCAAAAGGGCCUGUUACGCUGGGCGCUCGCCGCCCAUAAUGCCCUCCCACCGCCCACACCCAAGACUCCUAAGACUCCUAAGACGCCCAAGACACCAAAGAAGUCGGCGAGUGCAACUCCCUUAGACCCGCCCACGCCUACGCCCAAGGCAGAGACCACCCCAACCAACGACACCAAAGUCAAAUCGGAGACUAGACCCUUAGGUCCUAGCGACUCAACCGCCACCCUCCUCAACGAUGUACCCUCGACACCGGUCAAGGGCUCGUUCCAGACACUCCUGACACUCCAGACUCCGUCCAAGUUCCCCUCGACACCUGGUCCGCCGCCCGCCACCCCAAACGAGAAAACAAAUCCCGAGUUACCGCGAACACAGUCCGACUCGAUCUUCGCCAACCCGGACGACUGGACGGACCACUGCGCACAUCGCGCAGCACCACUUCCCGACGGCCUUACGGUUGCUACUCUCCGGGCAAGGCUGGCAGGCAAGAAGGCCAAGGGAGGCGUUUACCUUCUCCCAGAGGAAAUGGAGGCGCUGACACACGCGUGGCGCCCGUACCGCUCCCUAGGGGUGUAUUAUACCUGGACCAUGUGCGGCGAGACGCCCGACACAAGUGCGCCGUAG